CGACGGCAACUUGAACUCGUUGAACUGCAUGACGCCAGGGUUCAGGUCGAGUAGCGGCUUUGCCCAGCCGGCCUUGUAGGCCUGCAGCGCGCAAUGGGGUGCCUGCCGCGUCGAGCGGCGCGGCUGCGCCCAUGCAUGGGGUCCGAGGGGUCGCCACGCAGCCGCCGUUCACAGCCGCCUCCGCUGGCGCCUCCUCUGGCGCCUCCACUGGCGCUGGCGCUACCGCUGGCGCCGGUGGCGUUGCACACGAGGCGAGAGGCUGGGGCCAGGAAGUGGUGUUGAGUUGAGCAGAUGCUGGCGGAUGAGUGCGGCCAUGCCCGGCAGCUGGCCCAAGGGAGUAGAGCCAGGAGCGCCUUCGCUGUUGUCAGGGCUUGUUAUUGAAGAUGCUUAAGACUAACAAUUCGAAGUCGAGGAAUCCAGCGAGCAUAGAAGUUGGAGACGCCUGGAGCUGGCUUAGCCAGUUGAGGCUGCGAGGCACGGUGGGGCGGGGCGGGGCGGAGGUGGGGUCCGGGGUCAGGUCAGGUUGUUCCCACCGAGCUCAGGCAGGAACAUGAGAAAUUGGAUGGGGUGUCCGUCCGUCCUUGUGUGAAGGUGACAUUGCACGGGGGGUGUUAACAGGUACUGUUGUGUAUAGUACACGGGCGGGAGUAGAAGGGAGAAACACCUGUACAGGUAUGUUCCCCACGCAGCGGAAGCAGCACACAGCACAAUGCACACUGCCAAGCCUUAAAACGCCCGAUGCCAAUUCCAAAGUCAGCCCCCGGUAGCCAACCAACACUGUCCUCGCCUAACAGGCUGUCCUGACGCCGCCAGGAAGUCGUUGGACUGUAGGGGGCACUCCAGGUUGACCACCCUGGUCGUGCCCGCCGCUGCCAGGUUGUUGACAGCAAUGCCGUCUGGUGUAAUUGAUGGCUCCGGAGCCAAGUGGCAAAGGGGAGACACCAGGGUCUUGCGCAGGAACAGCUGGCGCUGGAUGUAAACGUCAGGGUGG